AUGAUGGGCGCCAAACCCUCCAAAACCGCGGCCAAUCUGCUUCGAUUCGUGGAAAUAAUCGUGGAACACGCCGCGACGAACGCGGCGGAACUCGCGGAGAUUCUCACGUGGAGCCGAUCGCAUUGCGAAUCAUCGGUGUGUGGAAGGGACGUGCAUUCUGCGUUCUACACGUCGCUCUUCAACGUAAUUUGCAUGGUGGCCACGCGCUACGCAUCGCCAUUCGAGAUCAUGAUGCCGAUUUGCCAAUCGGUCGGUACGAAAGAGGGCAUCCACUGCGCGCACUUCGCCUCCAUCACCGAUUCCAAUGCCUCCAAUGUCGCCAUCGCGCUCUCCGACGCGAUACAGACGCUGCUCCGUCCGCUGUCCUUCAUGAUUUCCCUUCAUAAGAUGUACUCCGUCAAGAACGAGCUCGAGCAAGAGCGCAUCCGCCAUCUCGUUCCUUCCUUCUAUUCCGCAUGGAAAAAAUCCGCCGCACACCUCUGCGACGCGCUGCUGCAGCUCGCCAAGGCCGCGCGGCUGCUCGUGGAGAGCGAGUUGAACGUUGCCGCGGGGGAAAGCCUGCUUCUGCUGCUGAAGGGAUUCUACGGCGUGGUGGAUCAAACGGUGAAGCAGUUCGCGUACGCGAGCGAUUGCUGCCCGAUUCAGGCGCUGACGCAGCUGGCGCAGUGCAUCUCCGAGAAAUUAACGCCGUCGGUGUACGCGGUGAUCCAGACGGUGCAGAAGCAGGGGAACUCGGACGUGCACGUGCGGAAGCAGGCAAAACUGGUGCCGGACGUGAUUUUCGCGAUCGAGCAAUACGAGGCCAAACUGAUUCAGGUGAAUAAGAAGACGAAGGGAGCCGUGAACUUGACAAUGUUCGUGCGAAGAAGCACUGCGCGCGACUUCCGAAUCGAUUCUGCGAAGCUGAGGAACCGGCUUACGAAGAGAGAGGAGGAGGAGGAUGAGAGAGGGGGAGAGGUGCUCGUGAAGGCAAAACGAGAACAUGUAGAAUGGUUUGUUUGUUGA